UGUGGAGAUGGAGACGUAAAUGGUGAUGCUCUGAUUUCGAAAGUUAAACCACCAUGUAGGUGUUAGCGUGAAUUUUUCAAUCUUAUUGGCAGUGCUCUUCUCUGCACUAUCAGUUUUCGGCUCCUCAGUGUAAACUUUCGUUAAAUUUUCAAAAUUGUCGUAGAAAUUGGAUCGUUUUGUAGGUCGUUCUGCUGAAGCUCAUGCCUUGUUGAAGUACGUCCCUCCCAGAUGAUCUCUCAAUGAUAACCAGUGAUGAAAUCCUCCCAAACUCGCCAAAUUUUAAACUCUUAAGAGCACUCCUCCAUUAAUCUCAUUACUAGCCGAGAAAGACUAUGACGAUGUCUCUCGGUGUUCCUGUAACGCUCUCCUAGUCCAUGGACAGGUUAACAACGCCUUCUCUUGAAAAGGUUGCACCUCGUUAUCGUGAGUGGUUGCUUUAUUCACAAAUUCAGGCUGUAAGUCCCAUCUUCAGCAUGUUUUCCAAGUUUGCUGUUCUUGUGUACUGCCUGCCAGUCAUUGUCUACAUCUUAGACUGCGAUCUUGAACCAUGGAUGAAAAUAGCAGCCGUUUCAUGUUACUCUAUGGCCUCAUUAGUUGUGCUUAUUGUCUACUUGUUACAACAAGACAUCUCAGUCAAGAGUGGCCAGGCACCAGUAGAUAGACUGAACAUUGCCUACAAAUUUUCACCUCCUACUGAAUCAUUAGAUGGUCUGAAUAAGGAGGUUCGGAAAAUCGCACGACAGUUUUCAGAAUUGAGAAGGAUUUUUUUCUUCUACACCACCACAGAUGUUGUCGAUUUAGGUUGUGCAGGCGGCAUCAUUUUAACAGAGGAGAUGGCAACUGAUGCAGCACAGAAGAAAAAUCUAGUUAAAGCGGGGUUUAAGCUCCUCUCUACCCCACCAGUCUCACACGCUGUCUUCUCAGAGUAUCCUAUCAAGUGGUGGCUUCCUCUUAGUCAAUGGCUGGCCUGUUAUCGCACAUAUCCCCGUGUACAUCGCUAUUGUGAGAAACACAACCUAAGUGCCUACCCCAUGAUUGAGAUCUACAAUCGGCACUCAAUCCUGUUCAUCGCACCCCUCGCACGCCAGGAUGCUUUUGUCGUUCCAGAAGCUGAAGAUACCAUCGCACGCGCAAAGAUCAAAAUUGACGAGUUAGAAGAUGAAGCAUCAGGCACAGAGGCGUCUAACUCUGAAGUUUCAGAUAAUGAAUCUGAGCUUGACCGGGUUUCCUUGGAUACAGGAAGGUCGGUCUCUGUUAAGUCUGGAUCCAGGAGGUCGUUCUCUGUUAAGUCUGAAUCUAGGAGGUCACUCUCCGUCAGGAGCUCUGUCUUAUCAACAGUUUCCAAAUCAACUGUAAUGAGCUAUCAUUCCACGUAUGAUGCAUUCAGUGAUGAUGAAGAUGCACAAAAGAACGCUCAAAAGGAAGGAAAAGAGACAGAGGGUUUCUUCCGCAGGUCUAUGUCCAGCUGUGCCCGAAGGGUAAAACACAUGCUUGGUUUCUCUGCUGCUGAAACUAUCAAAGAAAUCCCAGAAACCACAAUGACAGAGGAAAGUGUCUCUCAUACAAAGCUUGACGAGGGUGGUAAAGAAGGCUUAGUCAAUGGCUCAGUAGGCCUGUCCUCAACCUCCACAGCGCGCAGCAAGAGCGCUAAUGGCCUAAUUGAGCGGGGGCUGCAGAAAAGCGUUUCGCAGGUCGUCAGUGCUCUAAACCUGUUGGGCACAGAGGGUGAGAGCAGUGGGUCGUGUGCAGCGCAGGUUAAGCUGGAACUGAAAGCAGAAAGUGUUAGUCAGUGCGCAACUAGUGUCCAGAACAGUUUUCAGGUUCCUACAGUAUCGUUUGUUGGCGCAUGAAGUGAUGGCUUGGUAUUCGUCCAAAUUCGUGCGUAUUUAUGACUUCCAUUUCUCCUUUUUUUUCUGAAAAUAAUAAGAGAUCUUGCUGAGACUUUAAUGUGUGUCUGGCGAGGUCUUUAAUUUGAAUCUGUAUCCAAAUUAUCCUCAGUGAUCCAUGGGGAAAAAUUUGAAGGCUCAUUGAAUCUAUGAAGUCUACUAUUAUCUCAAGUUAGUCUGUAAAGGAGUAGAUGAAAAUGUCAUUUCAAAGAAAUUCUAUGAAAUUACCAGUCUGCCUUUAAUCCUCAACUUAAAACUGAUCGAUUUAAUCUUUAACAUUUCAAUUGUCCAUCCCAAAAAUGCCCUUUUAAAAAACCAAAUUAAAGCUGAAUAGUGCAAACUUAAAAUAUUGCUCCCCUAUUAGUCAAAUUGAAUAACAAAUUCUAAAUUUAAUGGUUUGCUUCUAAUUUAGGCUUUCGAUAAAGAUUUUGUGAUCCUGUACAGCAGAAACCUACCUCUUUCUGCAACAAAUUCAGUUUUAAAAGCAAAAGUAGUAUUAAAGUGAAAGUUUGAUAUUGUGAUUUUUUCUUACCUGCACUGGAAAUUAGUCUUAAAGUACAAGGAUGCAUGUCAUGCUUGUGCUUGAGGGAGCUGGGUGCAUUACCCGAAUUUAUCGAUCAGUAAAAAAAAAUCAAAUAGUGAAAAUUCGAUCAUCUAAUGAUUGUAACAUCCUAGACAUGAUGUAGUGCUAAAGCAGGGAAAGAGCAUAGAGGAGAAAGGUAGAGUGCAGAACUCAACAGCCUCCAAAUAAUUUUUUGCCAGAGUGAAUUUUCAUUAAUAUUUCUGUGUUUAUGGAUUAACUUUGCAGCUUGAGUAUGCAUCAUGUGCUGCUCUAGUAAGCUCCGAGGAAAAAAAAAUUUAUACAUAUUCAUCUAUACAAAAAUAUGAUUUGACAGUAUUAUUCUCUUCUCAGUUAGGAAGAUGUUCAUUUUUAUUUUUUAUUUUGAAAGUGAUUCGUUCAUUGGUAGAAAUUACCUCACAAUUCAAGUCAUAUUUUAGGAAAUCGAUCCAGAAUUUUUGAAAAUUGCGAUCGGUAACUUUUUGUUUUCUUUUUUUUAAUUUUUUUUUUUUUUUAGAUCAUGUGGAAAUUACAGAACUCUAGCGUUAAUAUUCUAGAACUUACCUUAGGAAAUUUUUUUUUAUUAAUGAUUCUUAUAUUUCACAUUUUCAUCUUUUUCGUGCUUGACGAAAUUUCACUCACUGUUAUGACAACUGUAGCCUAGUAUGUUAAUGGCUUUUUUUGUGAUUAGACGGAUAACAAGCACAUCUGCUCUUCCGCUUAUCAUUAUUUUGACUUUCUGUCAAUAAAAUUGAAUUAUGAAGUUGUCAUACCCAAAACGCAUCUUUGCGUUCGGUGUCUAAAUCUUGCUCUUAUCUAACAUGUAAACUUAGAACUCACAAGAUUUUUAUAUUUGAGAUUCUAUAGUUCAGCCCUUUUCAAGCUCUCAUUAAAAAACAUUGAGUAAGGACGCUGAGAUUUUUUCAAGAUUUGUUUGAGGAUAAAGUAGUAAAAGGAACACAGUGACUCUUCGAGUAAAAUGUACGUGUGGCAAGAGCUUGCUCCUGGUUCAAAGAAUCAGUAUUUUUAUUCAAUCGAGACUCCCACGUUUUUAAUUUUGUUGAUUUUUAAAGGAUCUAAAUUAGAUGAUGCUGAUCUUUUGACUGCGGGUUAUAUGAUUUCAAUUUAAUAAGUCAAUUUUAUUUCAAUGAAACUGAAAGAAGACUGACAUCACUACGUAUUCUUUGUGAUAGAACAAAAUUGUAUCAAUCUUUUACCAUUAAAGCAGGUCCGAUGUUAACCAAAGGCCAAAUAUGCUUUGCAUUCAAACUUUACAUCUCCUUUCCUAUCUCAUAUCAUAUUGAACAGCAUUCACAGUUUUCUGACUUUUAACGUCUGGUCACAUACUAAGUAUAGUAUUUUGAAAGGAGACAUUGGGCAUUGUGGUGCUCAGCUGCAUUUUUUAUGAAAUGUAGCUAAUAAUUAGCACUACGCUAAAUUACAAAUUAAUGCAUUUUUUUGGAGAAAAUGAAGAUUACUAGGUUAUUUAGAAGUGAAAACCAAUGAAUCGAAAGGAAGGGUUGAGCUAAGAGUCAUAUUUUUGUUUUUUUCAUUACCAGAGGCUUGUGAUUUUAUUAUAAGCAGUCGUGAAAAGGGAGAAGAAGGAAAGUUUUCAGAAAGUGAAAAAACACAUUUCGUAAAAUUGACUGUACCCUAAGGAACAGAAUUUUUUUCCCCCAGUCUUCUACUUUGCGGAUGUUGUUUCAGCAAUAACAGCCAUUUCUUUGAAAAAUUAUUUACCUAUGUAAAUAUGUAAGAAACUUAUACAAGACUGGAUUCUGGACGAUGCAAAGCAAUUAGUUUGGCCUUGUUUAUCAUCGUAGUCUUCUAAUACUUUAAUUUUGUUCUUAUUGGUUCUGAAUGAAAUGGCAAAUUCUCCUCAAAUAUGGUUCUUCAAUGAACGAUCAAACCAACGCAUUGCUCGCAAAACUAUUGAAUAAGUCCUUUAAUAUAUUUCUUUUAAGUGGAUUAUCAUUUCUCUUUAGGUUAAUGAUUUCUCAUCUUUUGGAGUUUUUGAAUACUGCUCCUUCUAAAUUCCCUGUUUUUUAACUGGGAGUUUUUUUUUAUUGUGAUUUAAUUUUAGUCUGAUUUUAUUAUUUGCAAAUUUUGCAUAAUUUUUUAUGUUCUCUACCUGUUUAAGUUAGCUCUUAGUCUUUGUUGAACCAUUUUUAAAUUUUGUUGCCGGUCUUUCCUUACAUGUUAAUCAUUUGUAAAUAACUUCAUGCAUCUAGUGUAAUAGAUCAAAUUUAAGUAAAAAUUCACAGAAUAGACUGUCAAAAAAUUAAAAAUUACUAUGUACAAUAACUUUGCCUAGGCUGACAUGAUUCUAGAACGUAUUUGUUCUUUUAGGUUGUAAGUUUUCUAUGUCUAGUUUUUUUGUACAUUAACAUGAAUGUUUUUAUAUGAUAACAAUCAACAGGUCUAAACUUCGUAAAGAUGGGUACCUACCUAUCUCUAUCCGAAUAGAAGAUAAAAAGUUGCUUUUAGAUCUAACACUCUCAGUCCUCAGUGAUGUUUAAUUCCCCCCAAAAAAGAAAAAAAGAUUAUAACCAUUUGAAGUCCAGAAACGUUGACCUUCUGUAAAGUUGAAAAAUAUUUCAUGAGAUUUUUAAUUUUUUAGCAUGAUUUAUAUGUUUAAUACAGGACUUAGAUAAGACCCGAUCGCUCCCCUGGUUGCUUAUGUGAUAGUGCAUUUUUAAAUAAAUCAGUCCAUUUUGACUAUUUCUCUGCGUGGGAAAAUCAAUCUUUUUUUAGUCAUCCAGUAUUUACCUAAGUCACAUCACCAUUAUGAUAAUGAUUAUUUUAAGUAAAAAGACAAGAUAUAUCAAUUUUAUUCAGCUGGAAUUUUUUUCAUAUACUCUAAAGAUGUUUUUGUUCCUGUGGGUAUCAUUGAGAAAUAAAUAAAAAUUAAUUUAAACCAAUGUUAUGAAUUUCAGAAUUGCAAACAUAACACGAUUAUUCAGUAAGCGACCAUUGGGAGUUGAAAAUCUUCAAAAUACACUUGCGCCAUCCAACUUAUGCUACUAGGUCUUGUUCAAAUUUUUUUUCUUUCUCACCCUAGUUAACUUUUGUUCGGUACAUUUUCAGAUUCUUAAGUUCCUUGUAUGUGUUCGUAAGAGUCCUCUUGCAAAUAUAUUUUCAAUACACAAACUACUUCAGAUGCAGAAAGUAUGGGAGGCACCUACCUUCCAUACUCUCUGUUCAGAUGCUUGUUUCAUGUUCCAUUCUACCCACUCAACUUUUUUUUUGUAAAAUUCAUUCAUCUUUGUUCUGUUUACCCUUGUAAAGAUGAAAUAAAAUACAUUUUAGUACCUCUAUGCAA